GGCGCGCUCCGCUGCGCAGUCGGCGUGGGCCUGGCUCGGCGUGCGGGGCGGUUGCGCUGCCCAGUCGGCGCAGCUCGGCGGCCGCGCUCGGGUGCCAGGCGGAGAGAGCGGCGCGGGUUCCGUGGGGGCGGCCGUAGGUCGCGGCUUGGCGGGUGGCGGGCUCGGAGCGCGGCGCCUCGCUGGGGCUGGGGAGAGAAGAUGACAAAUUGUUAAAAAGAGGGCUAGCUGGUUGAAUUCUGAGUAUUUUUCAUGUAGCUUCUUGCUGGCUCACUGAGGUCAAGAUGGCCAUACCAAUAACAGUUCUGGACUGUGAUCUCUUGCUUUAUGGCCGUGGUCAUCGAACUUUAGACCGCUUUAAGCUGGAUGAUGUGAGUGAUGAAUACCUUAUGGCCAUGUAUGGAUUUCCACGACAGUUUAUCUACUACUUGGUGGACCUCUUGGGAGCCAGCCUUUCUCGACCCACUCAACGGUCCAGGGCCAUCAGCCCAGAGACCCAGAUCCUUGCAGCCCUGGGCUUUUACACUUCCGGCUCUUUCCAGACCCGCAUGGGAGAUACCAUUGGAAUCAGUCAGGCCUCCAUGAGCCGUUGUGUUGCUAAUGUCACAGAAGCCCUGGUGGAACGGGCCUCCCAGUUCAUCCACUUCCCAGCAGAUGAGACCUCUCUUCAGAGCCUGAAAGAUGAAUUCUAUGGGCUAGCAGGAAUGCCGGGAGUGAUUGGAGUUGUGGAUUGCAUCCAUGUAGGGAUCAAGGCUCCCAAUGCUGAAGACCUCUCCUAUGUGAACCGUAAGGGUUUGCACUCUUUAAACUGCCUGAUGGUGUGUGAUAUCCGAGGGGCCCUGCUGAACGUGGAGACACAUUGGCCCGGCAGCCUGCAGGACUGGGCUGUUUUGCAGCAGUCGGCUCUGAGGAGCCAGUUUGAAGCGGGGAUGCAUAAAGGCUGCUGGCUUCUUGGUGAUAGCGCCUUCUUUCUUCGCACCUGGCUCAUGACCCCACUUCAUAUUCCAGGAACCCCUGCAGAGUAUCGCUAUAACAUGGCCCAUUCGGCAACGCAUAAUGUAAUUGAGAAGACAUUUAGGACCAUCCAGUCAAGAUUCCGCUGUCUGGAUGGAUCCAAAGGAGCAUUGCAGUACUCUCCGGAAAAGGCCAGCCACAUUAUUUUAGCUUGCUGUGUGCUCCACAACAUUGCUCUGGAACACGGGAUGGAUGUGUGGUCUUCUCCAGUGACGGGACAUUUGGAGCAGCCAGAAGAAGAACAUGAGCGCAUGGAGACACUGGACUCAGAAGCUGAGCACGUGCGCCACGAGCUGAUGCUUGCUCACUUUAGCUAGUCUGGAGCAGAGGAGGGGUCUUGUCCAUGGCAGACGUGGCCACUGGUGUAAGGACACCUGUCCUUCGUAUAUAGUUAAUGCCUAUGUGUUAUGGGAUGCACCUGUUGGAGGCUUUCUGGUGAAUCCCAGUUUGAGAUUCAUUUAUAUUAAAACCAAAUGGCUGGGGAGAAACUCAAUUUUACAUAUACAAAGUUAAAGGGAAAACUAAAGUAAUUAAUAGCUAAUUCAAAUCACAAUAUCCUUUGUACAUCAAUUUUCAGAAUAUUCCUAAUAAAAGUAAAUUUUCUUAUCCUAAAUUAUCAAAAUAGUCCUUCUAAUUCUCCCUUUCAUUUAAAUAUAACUUGAGGUGAAUGUAAUUUUGACCAAGAAAUGGUCUGCUCUACCUAGCAAAGAGAAUCUUGCCAAGUAGGCCAAUAGUAGCCUAGCCUUUCAAUUAAAACUCCGAGGCAAGUCUCCAGACAGCUGGUUCAAGUAUGUUCUUGUUCUCUGGCCUGCUUUCCCCAUCCUUUUCUGUAGAAGGCUGUAUCAAAGGCUUGAUCAUCCUUUCUUUCCAAAGAAAUCUUAUGAAAGCAGUCUCAUUGGUAGAAGCCUCACAAUCACUAAUAGGGAAACAAGUUUGCCCACUUUAGGGAUAGCUGGUACCUGAGUGGAUCAAGGUUCUUAAUGUUAUGAUGGUUGAGACACACUCUCUGGUUUCCUAAUACACAAAGCAAGAGCUGAGAAGGUGAAAAGAACAAUGAGGGAAACCUCCUUCUUAGGGGAUUGUGGAAUGUUGCUGGCCUCUCCCAAUGGCAAAGGGAGGCUUAAAAUCCUGUUUGGGAACCCCAAGUGCUGCACAAAUUUCCCAAGCAAUAAACAAUCCUCAACUAAACUCCUGCUCUAAAAUUAUACCGAUUUAAAAAUACCCUGAUUGAAAUAAAAAAAUGUGUGAAUUCGGUUCACACAUUGAUGUUUUCACUAGGGACAAAAGGAGCCUUUCUAUAGGAUUCCUGUACUCCCAGUCUCUUAGCAGCCAACCAUGUGCUGUCUCUGACCUGCACUCUUGCUCUGCUCCUAUCUGCUGUCAAGAGUGUUAGUCUGGUGAUUGUCAGAGCAGAGAAAUGAGCAGCUGAUGACAGAAAAGGGAAAUAAAUAGAGGUGACUCAUUUCUAGAUUAAAGACAAUUAGGGAUUAUCAUUUGCUGCCCUUUCCAAUCUGAAUGUUAUUUCCCGGCAUCAUGAUUCUUGCUCUGCAGAGAGUGGGUAUAUUUGGCAGGAAGGCAGGUAUGAGGUUGGGCAUGAUGUGGCUGGGGUCAUGAGUGUGGUGAUGUCAUUGAGGUGGGGUCAAUAAAAAAAGAGGCUGAGAGUUUCAGCUCUGGUCUCAUUGUGCAAUA